AUGGCGCAGCAUCAAGAUCUUAAAAGAAAAGGAGGUGCUGAUCCUGAUCAUCAGAUGUCAAGAAAUCAUGGCCCUCCUCCUCCUCUGAGUAUUGAAGUGCCUAAAAUAAGAGAUCUUCCAAACAAGUCAAACCCUUGGAGUGAUGUCCAGCUUCCUGUUGACAUUCUUUUGCUGACAGUUGAAGACUGCGAGUUUUUAGCUUGUUAUACUUUCUUAGAAAAUUCUUUUAAAAGUUAUGACCAGAUCCUGGGAUAUGUGUACUUUGGGACCAUGGGUGAAAGUGGAGAAGAGGCACUGAAAGUUGCUUUGAUGAGAUGUUAUAAAGGUUCUUCUGGUCCAGGUGGCUCUCAAAAUGUUAUUAAAAAUGCGGUGAUGAAACUGAGACCCAAGGUUGCUUUUUGCGUUGGCGAAUGCAUUGGUUUAAAAUCAAAAGACACUAAGUUAGGAGAUGUAGUGGUAUCCUCUAAACUGUCAACUGAAGAAUUCACAACUCCAGUAAGAAGAAAUAUUGGCAACCUUAACUUGUUUUCAACUGAAGGCUGGAAUCCACCAUUAAAAGAUCCAGUUGGUGAAGAAACAGUACAGGUACACCGUGACAGUGUCAUAUUCAGUGGUAGUCAAUUCAUCACCAAACAACACCUUAUGUCUCAAUCGCACGUGAUUGCAGUUGAAAGAGAAGGGGAAGGUAAGAUUAUAUGCAUAUAACUAUUAUAAAAAUUUGAUGUAACAUUCGAUUUGAGGUCUAAAACUCUAAAUUGUCCCUGAGAAGCAGCUUGUGACCAUGCAAUGGCAGUACUGUACAGUACCUAAUAUUGCCAAUCAUGUUUGACUAUAAAUGGGACCAAUGGUGACGGUGUGAUUAUAGGUUAUUGUGGGGUGUGGUUUAUUAUAUUAAAAUUUUGCCAGGAAGUCAACAUAAAUUACUAUUGAGCUUAAAAGAUUAUAAAUUUCAGUCACUACACUGCAGAGGAAAAUUCUGAGCUUAUGAUCUAAGCUGUGCUAGUAGAUUCUUGUUCACAGUGGAUUGAAUAGGGAUCAUUUUCUAAUUGUAUUGUCUGUUUUUUUCUUUCCACUUACAGGACUGUUUGCUGCAGCCCAUGAUAUGAACAUUGAAUGGGUGAUUGUUAAAGGGAUAUCACAUUUUUCCGAUGAUAGCAACACUUCUGAUGAGUCCUGGAAGUCAUUUGCUUCCAUCAUGGCAGCUUCUCUUGUGUCCAACAUGUUAAAUGAUCCUGUUGUUUUUAAAGAAUGGCCUCACUAUGAAGGUAUGUCACAUCCCUGUUCUAGUGAUUGAUUAUUAAUAGCGAUGAAUUUUCUGUUCAGAUAUUUUUGUGUAAACUGUUUCAAUAUUAUCGUUGGUUCACAUUUUUCCCUCUGUUUCAAACUCAAAUCAUACAUCAAUAUUACAAUACCAAAUAACCAAGGCCAAAAGAAAAAUUUGUUUUUAGGGGCUUUUCAAAUUUAUAUUACUUUUCUUCUAUACAGACUUGACAGCAAAGAAUCAGUCAGAGACAACCACAAAGCCAGACAGACAGAUACCAGGUACGUAUACUAUCCUGCCAAUGAAAAUACACCGUUAUCUAGGACGAUUUCUAGAUUAGGGUGUGUUUAAAACACAAAAUGGUGAAAUGACGUUCCUUAAACAGUAAAAACAAACAAAUGACUCCCUGUUUUUUUGUCGUGUCUCGUUGUUAUUUCUUUGUCUUCUAUGAACCGGCAAAAGUCUGCUCAGCAUGCAAAGCCUCACUAAUCUUGUUAUAAUGUCUCUUUCUGUUCAUGACUUAUCGCAGUCAUGUCAUCUUUCUUGUUCCAAGGUCUCUCCUCCUCCCGGGGGAUUCUUGGUUUUCAAAAUGGUGUCAGUUUCUGCCCCCCCCCCCAGGGAAGGGGUACUUGACCAAUAUUUGGGUAUAAGUGAGCCACUGAGGGUUUGAAACCUGACCCAGUUUAGGACAAAAAAAAAACCUUUAUUAUACAUGCCCUGUUUAGGACAACACCCCCACUUUUAUUACAUAUUGUUUAGGACAAAGGACAAAAAUUAUGCACGCCAUCUUGCUUUAAGCAAUUUAUUGGCAAUUGUAAUUAAGCAAAUUCACGUUAACAUUAUUGCUUUUGUAUACUUGGAAUGCAAACAAAUUUUAUCAAGCAAAAUUAUUUACCCUGUGUAUUUGUACCUGUAGAACUGUAAGCAUUUUUUUUUACUUUGGACUUUUUACUCCUUCAUCUUCACAUACAUUUCCCCACAGACAAGCUAUAAUUCAGCGCGUGUGAUAAGCUUGCACACGUAAAUCACACAAACUCUGCAUGACAACAAUCUCAUCACCAGAGCCUUCAAAUCAUAUUAUGGCUGCGCAAAAAUCGCUGUGCAAUGGUGUGGAGUGUGCGUGACAACUCCACCUUAAGAAUAGUAGGGAGGAAUACUAGUAAAAGAAAAAUAUGUAUUAUUUCUAAAUAAUUUUAGUCAUUUUGCUAAUUCGUCAUUUUGUCAUUUCGCCAUUUCGUCAUUUCGUUUUUUUACAUUUUAAACAAGCCCUUCCAGAUUAAAUGAUUGAUGCACACUGCUUUCAGUAGAAAUAACAUUAAUCUUUCAAUAUAGUUGUUUGUCGCAUCUAGAGCACAGUUUUCUCUUAUAAUUGUGAAAUAUGUCUUCGCCAAGAGAGCAGUCUAUUUUUGCCUGACGUGUUAUAUAACCCCUUUUUCUUUCUCGGAAAUUUUGCUGGAAAAUGCUGUUUUUGAAGCUCAUUUUUUUGUCCAUUUUCUGGUCCCUUAAUAUGGCCAAAAAGAUCCACAACUUUGUAAAAUGUUGUAAGUCCAACAGUAACACUACACUGCCUUUUAUUCCCUAUGCUAAAAUAGGUUAUUAAUAUGAGUGUUAUUUUGUUGCUUUCUCUUCUCCCUACUUCUAUCACUUUCCCUGCCUCAUUUUUGCCUUAUCUUGGGGAUUUACUAGGCUUCUUUUUGGUGAGACAUGUUUUCGGGAAAACAUUUAGCAUCAUCAAAUUAUUUUGAAGAAAGAGCACAUGGGAAAUGAAACUUCUUGAAAACAUUCUUGUCUUUGUUGCAGCUGUGUUGAAAUUAUUUCAAAAAUUUAGGAACUGUCUAAGGAAAUCCACAAAACUGAAAAUGAUGUUGUGGUAUGUCUCAGUCUAUCUAUCCACCCACCCACCCGCCCACCUAUGCUGCCUCAACAAAAUAACCUAUCUAUGACCUGCUUACCAUAUGAGUCACCCAUAGCUCAGUGGUUAGAGCAUCCUACCAGUAUCUGGAAGGUUGUGGGUUUGAUUCCAGUUUAAAAGGUUUUGGAUUUUUUUUCUGAGCAUUUCUUUGUUGUACCUAAUAUUUAUUUUUCGCAAUCAUUCAUCCACUUGCUGUUUCCUUUUAUUUAUUUUUGUCAAUUGACUGUCUGCCCCUCCUGGUAAGGGUUGCUAAUCAAGUCAGUCAACUACUAAAAAACCUCUAGGAAUUGACAAAAAAUCCUUGUUAACAGAUGCAGUAUGCCUUGAGGAGUGCCAGAAACAGCUAAGAUCACUUUAUGAAACCAGUAGCAAAGUCAAAAUCAUUCCAUGGGACCAGAACUCUGCUGUUCAUAUUGACAAGAUCUAUACAGACUUGUCUUGGGUCAUGGAUGACAGGACACCCAGGGGAGUGAUACAGGAAAACCUUGUCCACUACACUGAUAUUUUUGCUCACAGAAAACCUCGUUCUGCACCUAAGCGAAUUUUGGUUUAUGGACAGCCAGGUAAGUGAGUAAAUUAAGUAAAGAAUUGUCUUAAUUUAACUGGAGGGUAAGUACAUGCAAAAACAUACAAGAACACAGAAACCGUUCAUCUACUAACAUAAUGAAUCUGCACAAGGUUUUAGCGUCAAUGCAGUCUUUAAGGUGGUGAUAUAGGACGAUAAACUGUAGGCCCCGUCUCACAAGCUCUUGCACAUUUAAUAAAAAAAUCUGUGGGACUUUAAAGAGCCCACAUACUCUUCGUUAAGAGUAGGGCAGGUAGUGCCCGGUGUAGUGGUCUAUCUCACUUUCACACUCAUGUAUGGGGGCAUCAUUACUCAUUUCUUCAUUACUUGUAAACUGCACCUUAAGCAGUCUGGCAAAGUCCCCCAACCAGUGUUAUAAAUUAUCCCUGAAAAGCCCUGAGAGGAGUGGAUAAUAUGAUAUUUACAUUACAUUACAUUACAUUUUAAAUAGGUACAUGUUUCUUGAGUGUUUCACUGGCAUGUACAUUCCAAGUGGGGUAAUUUUUAACCAUGAAGUUUGGUCUGUUGCAAUAGACUGAAAGUUAAAACAAAGUUUUGCAGUUUUUUAUGAGUUUAGCCAGCCUGAUAAACAAUUGGCUUUAUAGAGCAAUCAGCAGAACAUACACUGUUGACUCCAAUUAAUGUAGUAACUGGUAAGAAUAUUAAUAUUGUGACUCAAAUUUAUCUGAAGUUCAAGUUUAAAUAAAUGUAUGCUAAAGGGAUAAAAAGGAAAAAAAUCAUCCCAGGACAAAACUGAACCACAACCGAUAUAAUUUGACUAAUUUGAUAUCAGGUAAAUAGUCUGUAUAUGAAGUUCUACAAGUACUCAUAAUUGAGUUUACAAAUUCAUUUCCAUUGUCUUUAUCUUUCAUUGAUAAUUUGUCAUUUGUAAACUCCUCGUAUUAAAUUACAUUGUACCGUUCAGACCUUUUUUCUAAACAACAUUUUUUGUUGUAUUUCAAUUUGAUCAAACGUACUAUAUACUGACAUUUAUCAAACUAAACUACCUUUAUGUACUCAAAAACAAGGAAGGAGAAAAUCUGUACUGAGAGAAUUAAAUUUAAUGACAACAUACUUUAAUAUGUAAAAGAGACACCAUUGUCGAUGGAUGUAAUUCUUUUAACAACGCUGAUAAUUCCAAAAUGUCCCCUUGGCAUAAUUUUAGAGGCAGAGGGCACCCAUCAUUAACUGAUACUUUGUUAAAUUGUUAACUAUUUUAUAUCCACCGCACAUGGUAUUAAAAGUUAUUCUGUAAGAAUAAUUUAAAAAAUUCCCUUAAAAUUAAGUUGUUUGAAAAUGAAAGAACAUUUCAAUAUUUUGCAUUCCAUUUCACAUGACUUCCCAUUAUUAUAAAGUAAAACAAAUCUAUUGAAGACGUAUCGACAGUUUGUUGUUUAAUUGCCACCUAGGUAUCGGCAAGACUGUUUUCACGAAGAAAGCAACUUUUGACUGGUCCCAGCAAAGCUAUUCAGAAACAUUAGGAGCAUUUGAUCUUGUCCUUCUGGUGAGAUUACGUGACGUUAGUAAUCUCCAAGAUGUUCCGUCCAUUCUGAGGGCUUGUGAAGUGCUGGAUAGUAAUGGUGCAAUUUCCGUACACAACCUGUAUGAUUACGUUUGUCGCCAUCAAGAAAAAGUCUUGCUUAUCUUGGACGGCUACGAUGAGUAUGUUUACAAUUCAAAAAAAGAGUCGCCUGUCUUCAAAAUCUGGAAAAAAAGCCAAUUAAGAGAUUGUUGUGUUGUAAUUACUUCAAGGGAAAUGAAAGCUGAGACGUUGAGAAUUUGUAGUGAUGCUCAAUUCAAAAUUGACGGCUUUAAUGAUCAGCGCCAAAAAGAGUUCGCUCGUAGGUUUUUAAAAGAUGAUAAAGAUAUUGAAGAUUUUUUUAUGUAUUUACGGCAGCACAACCUAAGUGAACUAGCACAAAUUCCCCUUCUUUUACUAAUGUUAUGCUUGCUGUGGACGAAAACAACACGCAAGGCACUACCAAAGGAACGCGCACACAUCUUCGCCCAAUUUGUCAAGACUUUGUUUGAUCAUUUGCGUGAAAAACAGUCUGCUGAAUCAGUGGUUAAAGAUUACUCAGAUGAAUUAUACGCUUUAGGACGCUUGGCCUUUGAAGCCCUUUUGCAAGGCCAGCUUUAUUUCCCUUUUAGUCAGUUACCUGCUGGCUAUAGUUCGAUCGAGAGGCUGAUUGAAGUCGGCCUUUUUCAGGUUUUAAAUAUGGCGAGUUUGAAUCCUGAAAAAGGCGUGUACUUUAUUCACAAAUCCGUUCAAGAAUACCUGGCUGGGAAUUUCCUGAAAGAAGAGCUGACAUCUAAAAAGGCUGAAGGCACCAAUUCCCUGUCAAAAGUGGACUCAGUUGAAAAGAUCUUUAAAAUAAAUGAAGCGCUCAAAUUUGCUGUUGAGUUGUCAGAAGAAGCCGCGCCCGACAUUCUAAUUCAACUUGGAAUAGCGGCGACGAAAGAAGAACUGACAGAGUUUCGCUUCGACAACGAAACACCGUCACAGAAGGACUUGUCAGAAGAACAAACAGAUUUUAUUAAUCUUUGUAAUCAGUUAUUUUUCUACUGCUCAGCUGAGACAAGAAAAAACCUCUUUCCUACAUUUCUUUCCUCUUUAGGAGGAGUUCUUUUAAUUAGUGCAGAGCAACUAAAUGUUAUCGUACGGGAAAAAUUAGUUCAAACUACCGAAACACACAACUACGUUUUUUUUAAUGAAAACAGUUUUUUAAAUAGGUAUACAGAGCAGGACUAUAGAAAUUUAAUUAUUUUAGCCCAACAAUUAAACGCAGUUAUUGUUAGCUCUGCGGGAGAAAAGAAAGCAUCAGAAUUUUUAAGCAACUUAACAUGGCGUAGGAUUGAUGAAUUUUUUUUAAAGAAAGAAAACAACACUCACCUUUAUUUAGCUAAAAUUGUUAAAUAUGAAGAGGAAGGCAUUCCUUUUCCUUGGGAUAUAAUUAUGGCGCUUAUUAGUAAACAAGAGACAAGAAAGAAGACAAACAUGAAUGGUGAUGAGUCAAGUGAAGAGAGCAGCGUCAGCUGUUGUUCAAAACGUCAUGGUCUCUCCAGGGUUUGGGAGAUUGAAGCUCAUGGUGUGAACAGGUCAGGUGUGGAACUGAUGAUUGAGAUGAUGCCGUUUAUCACCGCUCCACAUGUGAUAAAGGUUGGGGGUGAAGACGGUGAAAUGUACGAUGCUGAGGUAACAGAGUCUCUGCUGAGGAGCAUCCAAGUAACUGAAGUAACACACAAACUGGAGAAAUUAAGACUCUGUGGUACCAAUGUAACAUCAUCACCUGCUGUGGAGUUCAUCAACAAUGUAUUUAAAAAAGCACCAAACUUGGAGUUGCUCGACAUGUCAUUCAAUCCUCUUCUGGGUGCAGGAGUAGACAGCUUGAUUAAGCAUCUCAGCUGCGCUCCUCACCUGAAGAGACUGAAGCUUCAACAGGUGAAGAUGACUCCACAGCAGGUGAAGGAUCUGUCAUCAGCCAUCAAGCAGCACAGCAACAUCACUACACUGGUGUCAUCCUACCACGUAAGUUUUCCAAUUUUAUCGCAAUUUGUUUCUUUACUGUUUGUUUACAGUUUAUUUCUACUCAGCUCAUGCCUUUCGCCAUUUUCCUUUCUUUGCCAUUUUUAUACUCGACAAAACACGAGAUUUACUUUUGAAAACAAAUGACAAACUUUAGCAGAUUCAAAGUAUCGUAACUAAAUCCAAAAAACUGCUUUAACCGAGAACAAGUAAAUUAAUCUGAAGGUGUUUUGACCGUCCAAAAUAAAGGAUCAGCGAGCAGAUAAUAUAUAGAUUUAGCCAGGGCUAAAAGCGAAGCUCUGGUUAAUAAUACGUGUAAACAAAAAAAAUAUAUCGUGUAACGCUAAACAGGGACGACAAUGAAAAUGGCUUCAAGACUAAGGGCCUGUUUACAUGGAGUGGGGGACCCCGGUCUGGUGGGGUUGGUUUCUUUUGUUUUCACGCUCUGGGGGACACAAAACAAAAGAAACUUACCCCACUAGACCGGGGUCCCCCACUCCAUGUAAACAGGAUCUAAUAGAGCUAAUUAGCAAAAAACCAAAUUGCACGUGCAGCACACUUUUUCCUCUAAUUAGCAAAAAACAAAUUUGCACGUGCACGCUUUUUUGUCUUUCACUUGCCGUUGUUUUGCACGACUACAACGCUGCGCUGUUUUGUACGACUAAAACGUCAAACUUUAUUGUUACACAUUAUUUUUUUGGAGGAAUUGUCGUAUUUGCUUACCCAAUAUUUUGUUUCCUGUGUUCAUGUUCGCUUUUAUUUUCACUGCCGCUAGCAUUUCUCAUUUUCUCAUCGCCGCUUUGAAUUUUCAUGUUUUUCUUCCUAACAAUUUUCAAUAACUCGCUCUAGCUCUUUCUGUGUUAUCCACGUUAGUGUAAACAUAAAAAAUAGCGCCGAAAAAGACACGACUUUGUCGUUGUUUUUACUUUCUAAAAGUCCGGGCAACCAUGUGAUUUCCUUCCAAAUAAAACCUUGAGUUGCCAUACCUGUUGAUUGAGUUAUUUUACAUUGGUAUGCCUGUGGUGCGGAGGGACGGUCGCUCGCUCGCUCGCUCGGUGUACGGUCACGUGAUUACCAAAUUUUCUCGGAUGGGCAGAUUACCACAUUUCCUUAGCUAUGGGACCCCGCCCAUGCGCGGCGCUUCGCGCCGCGUGUGGAGCUCCGCUAUAAAAUUUCCCUUUGAGUCUGGUUCAACUCGAUGUAAGCUCACGUAACAAACUUGUGAUACAUGUAUUAACACAAAAAUUCCAUCGUAUUAAUUUCUCAAUCAAUUUUAAUUCAUUACUUUUCAUAAAAUGAUGAAUAACAAGCAUAAAAUCAAAAAAUGUUAUGUUCAUGUUCAAUUCGAACAAACAAAAUUUGCAAAAAUCAAGAGAAAAAAGGUUAACCACUUACAGUUUCACUUUCAUCGCUAAGGUUUUCGUAAAAUCAGCUAAACUCAAGUAAAGUUUCUUUGAGAGUCCAGAAAACGAAGAAGUCGUUUUAGAGCUGUCCUUUUGUUUGAAUGCCCCUUGCGUUUCAGUAAAUGCUUGUCCUCCCGUAAAUAACCUCACUGUAGCGUAGGUUUUUGAGAUAGCGUUCCACAAAAAAUAUAAUUCCUCUGAGACACUUUGGUUGAGAAUUUGACACCACACAUUUAAUCAUAGGUAAAAGCACUCCUCUUUGGUACUAACUGUCUAUUUUUGUCGGUUACUUGUUUUCCAGUUUUCAUUGAGUUUUACGACGAACACAACAAAUCCCGCCUCACUUCGCGUCUUGUAUGAAUGAGUUGAAGUUCAUAAAUGUAGUUUCCUUUAGCUUCCACAAAACCUUUGACAAAUUCCUGAGUACAUGAGACGAAUUUUUCUCUUAACUGGCAUUUUACCGUAUUUUCUCAUUCUUUUUGAGUCGAUUUUGAGUAUUUUUGCGUUGAAGGUUUUCUUUGAUGAGCAAACUCAACUGAAGUGAACAACAAACUACAAAAUCAACAAACUGUCAUUUAAAGUGGCGUGAGAGAAGGCUUGUGACGUGGCGACUGCUGAUUGGUUAUAUAACUACCCAUGUGGUAGAAUUUUCCCGCCUUUCGUUUGGCAGCGCAGCAAGCGUUUCUUCACACGAGACGCAGGUUUUUCUGCGCCUUCCCUCCCAACCCCCACUAAGGAGAAACUGAUCUGUGAGAAUAUUAUCAGACCAUAAGCCCAAGACAUCAUGAUAGGAUUAUGCAUGAUCUCUUGAUCAAACUAAUUUUCCAAGGUUUCAAUAAUUCACAUUCUUAGAGUAUAUCGUUUUAUCCAUGAUUUUGCUGUUUUGAAAGUCUUGCAUGCGAAUUUUAGGGUUGAAAAGUAGAAUGCGCCGGGUCUUUAAGCUGCGAGCACCUUCAGACGUGCGUCUAAGAAGUCAGAUGUAUUUUUUGUUGGUUUUGUCGUUUCCCCCUCUUUUUCGUAUUUUUAACUCCUUUUUUCAACAGAACUUUAAUUCGUGAGGAUCGAGUUGUUUUAAGUACGUAGGUAAUUUCUAAACACUAACGGCACGAAAUUCGGAAAUUUGGGGUUGACAAGGAAAAAUCAGUAACUUACUUGCCGCGCACCAACCUAAUUUUGAGACACUCACUAGAACGUUUUGUAUCACACCAGUUCUGACUCGCAAGACCAUUCACUGUACAAAAUUACUGUUUAGGGAAUGCAGAUUUUAAGACUUUGAACUAGAAAAGGCUUGAAACGGAUUGAUAAAUGAGCAAAAUUUCUUGUUCCGUGGGAU